CCUUCGUGUAGCUGACCUAGACUAAUAGGCGCCUAUUACGAGUACUUUGGUUGGUAGGACUUUAUGUGAUGUAAUUUAUGAUGAGGUGGAUUCCAUAUGAAGAGAAUAUAAAAUGGGCUGUGGUUGUUAAUCCGUUCAGGAGUGAUACUCGCGAUAAACUUGAUAUUUCAAUUGGUGAUGACGUAUUUAUUUUACGACAGUGUGAGGACUGGUUUUACGGAUUUAAAAUGGACGUUUGUUCGAAGUUUGGUGUGUUUCCUAAGGCAUGUGUUGCAUUUAAAAGGGAUGAUGUAUCUGAUGGGGUCAGUGCUGAGUUACAGAUGAUGGUAGAAAAACUAAUAUCAAUGUUUGUGUCAGGAAAAUAUGGGAGAAUGAGUAAACACUGUAUGGCUCUCCGUGAUGUUGUUAGUUUGAAGUACUCCCUUUCGGGAAGAAUUACAAAGUUCGACAUUAUUGCUAGUCUAAGGAAGCUUCAUACUCAUAUGUCGAUGGUGCAAAGUAAACUAUUUUUGCCAUUCAUCAUUCGGGAUGAGAAUUUUGAAUACAUCAAUCCGUACUCCAUAUCUCCCAUAGACUUACACUGGAAGCACAAAAAGCUCAUAAAAGAACUUGAAGAUUCAGAACUUUCUGCUCAAUGCCCUGCGUAUCAUCCCUUCAAUCUGCGUGUUCGUUUUCAAAAUUUACCUAAAGCACUUCUGACAAUGUACUUAGUGAGUCAAGUCUUACAAAGUUCUCAGAAUAUAGUCAGUUCACCAGCUAAUUUAAUUCCAAAUGUGGAUAUGAAUUUUGUUGUCAAUGCGAGUUCCGACUGCGCGAAUUUCACUUCAUACAAUUGUAUUCAAGAUUCAUUUGAAAGUCAUGUUGUUAGUACAAAAAAUCUUUCCGCUACUGAAUUACAGCCUACAUCAUUGCUUAUGCGUUUAACCGAAGAUGUUAUACUGGAUGGUAAUACUAAAGAUAAUUGUGAAGUUGUUUUUACUAAUCUCGACCCAUUCAAAUACAAAGAAAAACGUAUACUACUACUCGUCACAUUGACUCGUAUUGGACCGAUGCAUUUAAAACGUACGAAAUCAGGUGGAAAGUCAAUAUCAUUAAGUGUUAAUGAAAAUAAGUCACAACAACCGAAUUCAAUGUUGAAACGUCCAGUUGGCGUUGCUUGCCUGGAUAUAACAUCUUCAAUCUUACCAUAUUUUAAUCGUUCCUCUCAGUUAUUUGAUUGGGGAUCUGGCAAAACAAUAAAAGAUGACAAUUCUAUAUUGGAUCAUAAACGUAUUGUGAAUUUCAAAUUAACUGGUGAACAGUUUUUAUCAGAAGCGUUAUUACGUGCAAUCAACGAUACACAAGUUUUAUCUUGGAGUAACAAUCAAAAUUCAGGUUAUCCUGAUAUGGAUCUAACAACAAUUUUAAGCAUUCCAAGUAUUUCAUUGGAUUCAUCAGAAGUUCCAAAGUUGGAGAUUCAUGAGAUCACAGUAUUAAAUUCUUUAGAAGGUCAUCCAUUCAAUCGUGAUGCAUUAUAUGUACGUCGUUAUGCAUCACCUUAUUUUAAUGAUCCUACAGUUAUUAAUAAUAAUGGUGUAACUCAACCACGACGUGAACUUUAUGUUACUUUAAUUUCUGGAAAUUUCUCUAAAGGUAAUAAAACUAGAGAGCAUAAUGUUGAAGUGGAAGUCAACGUCGUAGAUAGUAAUGGGAAUUCGUUAAAUCUGAAUAACUCACCUGAACGUUUAUCACCUGUUCACAAAUCAGUUGUAUACUAUCAUAAAAAUCAGCCAUAUUGGAGUGAGCUAUUUAUAAUCAAUUUACCGUACUCACCAAUUGAAUCCUCUUGUAUAACAACAACAAUCGAUGGUGUGAAUAAUAAUCUUGGUGGAGAUAAUAACAAUAAUAAUGCUGAACGAUCUAACCAUGGUUCACAGCAUCAACAACAGUUAUUCAGUGCAAAUCCAACUUAUCCUGGGAUGUUAGCUGGUGUACAUUUGAGACUUUUAUGUCGUCAUCGAUCAACUGGACCAGGAGAUUCUGAAGGUAAAAUUCUAGGAGUUGCAUAUUUGCGACUCCAGCCGAAUACAUCUGUGCCAGUUCUCUUGCCUGAUGGAGAUUAUCAUCUGUAUAUACAUAAGAUGGAUAUGAAUCAAGUGAAUUCAUGUCGUUAUUUAUGUCAACCAUCUUAUUGUGAAGAUGAUGGACCGAUUGCUUAUGGUUUAAGUAGUGGUUCCGGUUCUGGUUCCAGUUCUAUUGGACUUAAUACAAUAAAUUCAAAUUCAAGUGGAUUGAAUAAUAUUUUAUCGUUGCCUAACUUUUCAACAUCAUCAUCAUCGUCACGUAAUCGCAUGGAUACACUACACAUACAAACACUUGUUUGUAGUAGUUAUCAUACUACUGAUGAAAAUUUAACCAAAGUUAUACUAUGGCGCAAUUAUCAAGACGAUAUUAUAAUGUGUUUACAUCAAGGUAUUUAUUUGUCACGAAAAGAUACUGAAUUAAAAAAAUUCACUCGUUCAUUGAUUGACAAUAUGUUGCAACUUCUUAUGACUACCACGGAUGAAACACAUCAACAUAUUAUCAAUUUAAACUUAGGUUACAGUCUUCUAAUGGGACUGGCUCGUUGUUAUAAGGAUUUAACGAUUGAUUCAGUUCGACAACAAAUAAUAUACAGUUAUUUAAAUGGGCCUGGAUUUAUAUAUUAUAAAAUAUAUAUACCUUAUUUACAAUUAUUAAAUGCUAUGGUAUGUGAAAUUGUCUAUCCAGCAUUAUAUCAAAAUCAUCAUCCUUCGACUAAUUCUACUCUUCCUUAUUCAUCGUCAUCAGCAUACGCAUCCAGUGGUGUUGGUAGUACUUCUGAUCGAUACAAAGUGGAACAUCAGUUCAAUACUAGUGUUAAUAAUAGGAAUAUUGGCAUGACAUCUACAACUGGACACUUUUUUGAUUCAAAGGCUAUACAACUUAUCUUUUCAACAAUACAUUGGGCAUUUUUAAUUAUUGUUCGUUCAAGGCAUUUAGAUAUUACGCAGUUGAACGAUAAAUAUCAAAAAGAAGCUGAAUCAUUAUUUAUACGCCAGGUCGAAUCAUUCUUGUCUGGAGUAAUUGAUGUGACUUGUCGUACUGAAGAUGUUCUACUACGCCUUAUUAUAUUUAAACACGUGCCAGAAAUUAUUAAAAGUUUAACAAAAGUUUAUCCAAAAUUAAAAUUAUCCCAAUUCAUUGUACAAUUAUUAACGCGUACAUUAGAAAGUUGUGAAUUGCCAAGUCAAAAAAUUCUGACUGAAACUAUUCAUUCAACUUUAUUUACUGAUCCAAAAUGUCGUCGUCUAUUAGUACCAAUAAUUCAAACUAGCUUAACGCAUGUUUUCACAGCGAAAUUGGAUAAGGUUCUCAGUUCUAAAAUUAACGAGAAUACAGCUAUAAUGGAUGUUUGGUGUGAUGUAUUGCUGUCAUUUAUGGACAGUUUUACAAAAGCAACUGCAUCGACUACGACAACAACGAGUUCUUCAUCAUCAACCACUCAGUGCAUUGGUGAUAAUUCUGUUGAUAGUAAUUCUGAAACUAAUCAGACCGAUGAUAACAUUGACAAUACUGAAGAUGGAUCCAAAGGCAUCGCCUCUAUAAAAACACCAACAAGGCAAUUAUCAUUUAUAUUUGACAAUUCUAAUCAGGAUUGUUCAUAUUAUGCCGAUCAAUCGGAUGAAAUAUUUCAUUUGUUAAUAAAAUGUAAUUUUCUUCGUUGGACUAUGCAACAGUUGUCACGUAUUCUAUUAUUUAUACAUCAACGUAAUUCUGCUUUAUGUUGUGGUGAUGCUAGUAGAUCUGAUUCUCUUUCAACUACUGGUGGUAGUAGUAACGAUGGGCACGGUUGUAGCGGUGUCAGUGGCAAUAACAAAACAUUAUCAUCAUCUAGUAAGGUUUCACCUAGAAAACGCCUUAUACAUCCUUCCUAUCACCGGUUACAACCAAUUAUGGGAUGUCUAUCUACUGUACUAUUCUCUUCAUUACGAAUGCUUACAAAAUGUAGUUGGGUAAAAUUUUUCCAAUCUGUUUACUAUACCAGUGAAGAAUGUUGCCAAUGUAAUUAUUGUCAUAAUUUACAAUUAGUAAAUAUCUAUGAUUUUCUACAUGAAUUAUUCACUCUAUUCUCAUUGAUGCAUUUAUAUCCUGGUUAUCCAGCACCGAUGUUUCAGUCAAGAUCUGAUAAAUUAUGGACCGUUGGUCGUUAUUCGUGGGAUGAUGAUUAUCAUGAUGAAAGACAAUCAGAGCAUUCUGACAAAAAGAAAAUAUCACAUAGGAAUUCAUCACUGACUCAUAAUAAUAAUAAUGAUAACAAUAGUAAUAAUAAUGUAGAGUUAUUCUCUCAAUCAUGGAUUGAAAUGUUAACAUUGAUAUCGAAUGCUGAGCUAGACGUUAUUGAAGUACUGAUCGAACUUGUUAUAGAACCAUAUUUUAUCAAUCCUAACUUAGAUAAUAAAUUUUUGUUGAUUUCUGCCCAAUCAUCAUCAUCACUAAUAACAGCAAAUACACCAGCAGUGUGUCACACAGAACCUUGUUUAACUAGCGAUUUAAUUGAAUUAAUUGCACAAUGUUUAACUGGAUUCGCAGUGGAACAAGCUCAUUUAUACGUAGAAGUUGUGCCAGCGGUGACUAGAAUUCGUAUCGAUCAAAGUUUAACUAAUCAGUCAAUUGAUAUGAGACAAAGAGCUUGUGAUUUACUAUUAUCGUUAUGGCAUUCUAUCGAUGAUCGAUCAAAAGUGAAUUAUAUUCACAUAUUUCUACCAAAUGUCAUCAAUAUGGCUACGCUACCACUUCCACGGAUACGCGAAAAUUGUGUUGAUUGUAUAUUGAACGCAUUGACUAUUCAUGCACCUACUGUAGAGAAUGUUUUUGUCAGUGAAAUUGAUCGUGUUGUCCAGUGGGCUGGUACAGAUUUUGCUGCAGAUAUCCGUAAUCUUUUACAAGAUGAAUUUUCCAAAAAACGCUAUCCAUUACCACCACCUCGUCGUUCUCAUGGAACGGAAGAUUUCGAUCAUAAACAACAACGAGUGAUUAAUGAUUUUAGUAAACAAAUCGAUUGCCUACUUCAUUAUGGUAAAUUUAUUAAUCAUCCAUCACAAAUGAAUGAAAUGUUGGCAUUUUGCAAUCUAAGAAAAUUCUAUGAAUCUAUCAAUCGUAAAGAUAUGAUUUUACGUUAUUUAUAUCGACUGGAUCGAUUGCAUGCAGCAUAUUCUAACAAAACAGAAAGGGGUUAUACUUUGGAACUGAUUAGUGAAAAUUAUUCGUGGGAUGAAACCAGUGUUGAUGUAGAUGAUGUAUCACCCCAUUAUGUACAAUAUGGAAAAAGUUCAUCACGAGAAUUACGUGAACGUUUAUUGCUCGAUAGUUUUGAAUAUUUAAAACAAGGUACUGAUUGGGAGCAUGCAAUAGAUAUAUCGAAUAAAUUAAUACAUUUAUAUCGUGAUAUUAUGCCAAAUUAUGAACGUCUAAGUGAAAUAUUGAAAGAACAAGCUAACUUGUAUAGAACUAUUGUUACAAAUGAACAUUCACGUUUACCAUUUCGUUAUUAUUUAAUUGAAUUUUAUGAACCGACAACAUCAGCAUUAAUGAUGAUAACAAAUCGUAAAUUAAUCUAUCGUACAACAUCAGAUUUAGGUGAUGUAUUAAACAUGCUAACUGAACAAUUUCCUGAUGCAAAAAUAUUAAAUCAACCAUUGACAACUACAAAUCAAUCAACAUUGAAUACAUUUUGUAUAUUUGCUAGUGGGAAUUUAGAACCAGAACCUGAAGUACCGGAACAUUUGAACUCACGUAUUGUUGACACUAAAAUUAAGAAUUACUAUUCCAAAAAUCGUGUGAAGUACUUUUUGAGGCAUAGACCGUUGCAACCUACUGAGGAAAAAGAUGGUCGUCUUGUCACUAAUACAGAAGAAACUCGUUAUUGUAUUGCAGAGCCAAUGCCAAAUAUCAUUCCUAUUAUGCCAGUAGAUAGAGUGGAAAUUCGUAUGUUAAGUCAAACAGAGUGGGCUAAUAAACAAAUUCAAGGGAUUAUACAAGCGUUACAUGCUGACUUAAUCUCAGCCAAAUCACAAGAGGCUAAUCUAUCUCAAUAUAUUGGUAAACUUGUCUCAUCUAUCCAGUCACCUGUUAGUGGCGGUGUGCCGAAAUUAGUGAAAGACGUUGAACUAUCCGAUGAUCCACGACAAGAAAAGUGUUUCUCUCAAUUGGCUGACAGUGUUUUAGAAUUACUGGAAUUACAGUUAACGUUUUUGAAAUUUUGGUAUGUAAAUGAUCCACCACCACCGCCUCCAGCAUCUCAUCGUUCAGCUGCUAUGUAUAACGUUGAUAUGGUUGGUAAUGUAAGUAGUUCUACUGUUGGAGGAACUACAGGUAGUGGUAAUUAUCUUUUGCAUGAAAUGAUCGGUUACUAUGAAGUACUGGUUCGUGAUAUGAGUAGAAAGUUUGGCUUUUCUGUUGAUCAUUUAAAUGCAGACCACCUUCGUUAUGGUCCAAUAUCUACAGAUCGUCAAAAUAAUAUUAUUAAUUCUACUAGUAAUGUUAAUACUAAUUUAUUAUCACCUCUUCGUCGUAAUUCACGUUCAUCACAAAAAUGGAGCGAAACGCUUUCCAAAUAUUCUCUCAUUGUUACCCAAGGUAAUCAAAAGACUCUACAUUAUGUUACGGUAUUUAUCGAAUAGGAUUCUUUGGUCUAUCGAUUCUAUCGGUGUCACUAAUGAUUCCUUGAAUCCUAAUCAUCUGAGAUUGUCUACAUAUUUUAAUCUUAACCAACUAUUGUUUACUGAACCAUCCUAUAGUCACUUACGAAUUCUUGUGCGGAGCAAGGAGGUUAUGAAGUGAUGAACUGUAAUGAGUUCAAUAGAUAUAUAUUCUUGUUAAGUCUUAAUUUUCUCACUUCUUUAUUCUUAUCAAAGAACAUGUAUAUUCUUAAACCAUAUCGUUUACAUGCUCCAAGUCGAUAGGACAGCCCUUUAGCUGAAUUAAUCAACAGGUGAAUAUAUAUAAUUCCAUAAGUAUAUUAAUACUGAAAUUGACUAGACUUUCUUGCAAUAGAUAUCAUUAUCAACACUACUUGCUAUUAUCUUCACAUGUAAUGUCUCUUCACUAAAACUCCAGAGACUUUUAGUUUGAGUAUUGGGACCCCUUAAUAGCAUAGCAUGAUAUAUUUCUUAGGGUUACUAUUUUUUCAGACUAUAGGACACAACUUCCUGAUGUUUGGAAUUAUAUACCACCUUUAAGUUAAAAAAAUAUCAAAGCUUAUAGUACCAGUAAACAUCAUUAUGUUCUAGUUAUUCACUGUUAAUUAUGAUAUAUUCUCUUAAUUACUAUAUCGGUCAAGUUUAAUGUUAUUAAACUGUCGAGACUUAUUCAAUUCUAGGAAAUUUAACUAUAUAUUCUUAGAUUCGUUGAACUUCUGCUCUUCCACAUGUUUUAUUCGUCUGUUUCACCAUACUAUGACGUUUACGGUUAAUAAAAUAGCCAGCCAUAAUCUAUAUCAGACCCUGAUAAUUUUUACUAUUUACUAGUGACAAUUGCUUGCUCAUCAGUACAUAUAUACAAGUCAAUCUGAUACAGAAUCUUUCCUUGCCUUAAUUUCGACAAUUGGUCUCUAAAAUCAUGUACCGAGUACAAGUCUACAUGGUUAACUUUUAAAUUACGUAUUGUAUUCGAGUCCUAGUAAUACUACUUAAUACUCAACAGUUCAAAUUAAAAUUAAUGUAGUUUAAGGUUUAAAUCUACGACCUAAUAGUUUGAAAAACGGGUACUUCACUACCCAUUUACUAAUCGCUCCACUUUACUUUCUAUACCAUUCGAUUCGCUUUCUCCAAGCUAUGUUUAGAUUUCUGAUUAUUUUGGUGAUCAAUAGCUUUAUUAUAUGGGUGAUAUAUUGCAUGAAACUCUUAGUGUAGGCAAGAGAUAACAUUUUCAUUCUUUGACUUCUGAGGUGUUGGUGUUUUACCAGAAAAUUCAUUUGUUGACUUGGAAUGCGCGGAUGAUAUAGUUCUGUUUGGUGAAGACGCUGAAGAAAAUCUAAUCUUCUAAACAGACAAAAAUACAAGCAUGUCUGAGAUACGAUUAUCUCCCUCUAAAUGUGAAACGUUUCUAGAGGAUUAGCUUGCGUCAGAACCAGGAUUAAUGGUAGGAAGUGAAGUAUUUGGACGCACCAACCUCUUUACUUAUCUUAGGAGUCUCACCAGUCCUAAUGGUCUAUUGUCCAACGAAAUCUCAGUAUGGACUCGAAAGGCUCGAUUGACUUUUGUCAAUUCGUGUCACUUGCGGCUUAGGUGUGAUAUCCGUCUUUUAACAAAAGAGCGAGUAUAUUGUGCAGCAGUUUGCGAAUGUCAUAACGUGGAUUUAAUGCCCAUAGCAAUGUAAUUCUAUGACUGAGUAAUAUAAUUGCGUAUUUGCCAUAAUUUUAUAUCGAUAGGAAUACGGAUAAUAGUUCCACCGUGAUAAUGACAAUAUGGCAAUAACGAUAAUGGUAAUGGAAUAUUUCACGUAAUACAUAGAUGAAAAGAAUUGAUACACUGAAAAAGUAAAGAUAAGACAAUAGGAUUUGUUUAUAUACAUGUCUUUGAUAUACUAGCUUCUCUGCUUGAGCCGGUUUCGAGAGAUUGAGUCAUCUAUGUUGUUCAUUGACUAAGUCAGCUACGUUGAGUUCGUUCAUCGAAUGCACAGAGUUCGGAAGGUUCUCCGUCAAAGUAGCUUGCUAGUGAUGUUAAGUUUGAAGCAGGGCUCACCAGUUUAGUGGCCCGUUGAUCUGAAUCAGAUUUGAUUGUAUGAUGAUGUCAACGAAAUAUGAAUAACGGCUACCCUCGUAUAUAAUUAUCGACUUAAUUCACGUUAGAGAAUGACAGAAUAAAUAUAUCAGGCACGAGAAUGAAUUUUGGAUAAACAUAUUCCAUAUAUUCAUUGUCCCAAACAGACAAUGAGAUAAACGAAGCGGAGAAACCGGCUGGAGAAGGCAAAUAUUCCAAUUCUUUAUACCACUCAUUACAAGCGUCAACAUACCUCAAAAUGGAUAGUGGGUAGUGUGGCAAAUACAGGCAUUGGAUGAAACAAUUAGUGAUAGACAAACACACAGGUAUACACAAGGCGCAUAAGCAUAGAAAUACAAGGAAGUAAAAAUAGGACAAGUAUGUUCUCUGAAGUUCAUACUUUCCUAUAAAAACAAAAGUUAUCAUGAAGGUAAAAAUAACUCAAUGUCGUAUGCUUUUUGAAUUAUUUUAAGUCUUUUCAAAAGCUAGGAUGAAUCAUGUGUGUAUUGGCACUAGGCACUACAGUGCCCCCAAAAUGCCCUGGUACGGCCGAGAGU